AUGAGUGUUUCUCCUGAAUUACAGACUGAGGCCAUCUCAGUUGUUCAUCAAUUUCUUUUGAGUAUUGAUAAAUCGUUGGCAGACAAAUUUUCAACAAAAACAAAAGCGAAACCAAGAGCAAAAAAUCUACCUUCAUUAGUUGACAUCAUCUCAGAAUAUAAAAAAAUACAAAAGAAGCCUACACAAAAUGCUAAAAAACCAGCAGACAGUUCGGAUGACUCUAGUGAUGAAGAAGAAAAGACAAAAAAGCCACCUAUAAAUAAAAAUAAAUCAAAUGGAACCGUACAAAAUAAGAAAAAAGAAUCUUCUGAUUCUGACUCUUCUGAAGAUGAGAAACCACAAUUGAAGGUAAAGCCUCCUGUAACUCCUAAAAUUAACAACAAAGCUGAAUCAUCUGAUGACAGUGACAGUAGUGAAGAUAAUGCUACAUCAAAACCAAAAAAGCAGCCAAUCAAACCACAGGUAGGCAAUGCAGCACCAAAGGUUGUUAAGAAAAAAGAAUCUUCAGAUGAUAGCUCAGAUAGUAGUGAAGAUGAAAAGAAAAAAUCCCACACUAAUGCUCCAAAGCCUGUUCCUGCAAAGGCUACACCUCAAAAACCUGUUGCCAAAAAACAAGAAUCUUCCUCAGAUAGUAGUGAUAGUGAAGAUGAUAAAAAAAAUAAAAAGCCAGUUGCUAAGACCACACCAGCAAAAGCACCUCCUGCAAAAGCACCCCCUAAGAAGCAGGAAUCAUCAUCAGAUGACAGUGAUGAAAGUGACAAUGAGAAGCCUAAACCUAAUAAAGUAGAAACAAAGCCAGGAGCAAAACCAGCACAAGCAAAGUCUACACCAGUUAAACCAGCUGCAAAAAAACAAGAGUCCUCAUCAGAUAGUGACAGUAGUGAUGAGGAGCCUAAACCAGCUCCAACCAAGGCAUCAAAGCCAGCUCCUGCACCUGCCAAAGCCAAUGCUAAAGCACAGGCUAAAGAAUCAUCCGAUGAUAGUGAUGAUUCUGAUGACCAACAAAAAGCACCUGCUAAACCAGCCACAAAACCUGUGACACCUGCAAAGCCUGCUGCAAAAGCUCCAGCGAAGAAACCAGAGUCAUCAUCUGAUGAUGAUAGUAGUGAUGAUGAUAAGCCUCAAUCUAAGGUCUCUAAACCUCAGACUCCUGCUGCUAAACCUAUAUCGAAACUCAACAAAAAACCUCAGUCAUCUUCAGAAGAUAGUGAUGAUAGCAGUGAUGAUGAACAAUCGAAAGUACAAAAAAAACUACCUCAAAAACCUGCAACAAAAGUAGCUCCGGCAAAGAAGCAGGAAUCUUCUUCAGAUGAUAGUGAUGAUGAUGAUGAUAGUCCCAAACAAGUAAAACCUGUACAAAAAUCCCAACCAGCAAAAGUAGCAAAGGUUCCUGCUAAAAAAGAUUCUUCAUCAGAAGAUAGUGAUGAUGAAGCACCUAAAACUUCUGUAAAAUCUGUGGCUAAACCAGCUCAAACUCCAGUAAAGGGUUCAAAAAAAUCAUCUUCUGAUGAUGAUGAUAGCAGUGAAGAUGAGAAGAAAAAACCUGCAGCUAAAACACCGGUAAAACUAAUGUCAAAACCAGCAGCAAAGUCCUCGGAUGAUAGUGAUGAUAGUAGUGAAGAUGAAAAGCCUAAAAAAGCACCUGCACCACCAAAAACUAAGCCUCAAAAAGAAGCAUCUGAUGACAGCAGUGAUGAUGAUGAUGAUGAUGAUGAACCUCCAGCUAAACAACAAAAAAAAGAAUCCAAACAGUUAAAUGAAAAUGGUGUCCAAGGGAGCGGUAAGAAGAGGAAAGCAUCAGAAAGUGGAGAGCAAACUCCAGCUAAGAAGCCAUAUAGUAAUUUUGUGAAGGGAACCAACAUAUCAUCCACACCUAGUGACAAAAGUAAUUCAGAAAAUAAUAAACCAGUUCCCUUCAGGAGAGUUGUAACAGAAAAAAUAGAAGUGGACCCUAGACUUAAGGAUAAUUCAUUCGAAGCUAAGAUGGAGGCGAUGCGUCGGAACACAACAGAUCUGGCGGGUGGCAGGAUCGUGGACGCGGUGGUUUUAACCGAGGAGGGUUCCGUGGUCGAGGUGGAAACGAUAGAGGAAAUCGGGGAGGAUUUAGGGGUCGCGGUGGUUUUAACGACAGGGGAGGCAGAGGCGGUCGGGGAGGUCGUGGAGGGUUCGACCGAGGCGAUGGCAAUAGGGGAGGCCGGGGCUAUGACAGAGGGGGCCGCGGUGGUGACAGAGGGGGCAGAGGCAAUUGGGGCGGACGAGGUGACCGUCAUUCGUGGGGCGGUGACAGGGGUGGCUUCAACAAAGGCGGAUUUAAUGACAGAAAAAGUUACGAUGGAGGAGACAACUCACAAAAUAAAAAAAUUGUAUUUGAAUAAAUUAUUAGAAAGGAGCUCGCGGAUCAUGGGG